AUGAGUGAGGAAUAUCAGUAUCAAGACACAGAGUAUCAUUCAGAGAGUAUUUCGAUAUCUGAGCUGAAGAAUGGUGGGAUAUUGGCUGUGGAUAUAGCAAAGUUGAUAGAAGCUGGGUUUACAACGGUUGAGUCUUUGGCAUUUGCACCGAAGAGGCAGCUUCUUUCGAUAAAAGGAUUUUCGGACAUCAAGGUGGACAAGCUUAUCAAGGAGGCAGCCAAGCUGGUUCCAAUGGGAUUUACAACCGCGUCUGCAUACCACCAGAGAAGGUCAGAGCUUGUCUAUCUAACUACUGGAUCUUCGGAGGUGGAUAAGCUGCUGAAUGGUGGGUUUGAAUCAGGAAGCAUAACAGAGAUAUUUGGAGAGUUCCGAACGGGAAAGACACAGCUAUGCCAUACGGUUGCGGUGACAUGCCAGCUGCCUCCUGAGCAAGGUGGGGGAGGAGGAAAGGCCAUGUACAUAGACACUGAGGGAACAUUCCGAUCUGAAAGAUUGGUCCCAAUAGCAGAGAGGUUUGGGCUAGACCCGAAUGAGGUUAUGGAUAACAUAUCAUAUGCUCGUGCGUACAAUUCAGACCACCAGUCACAACUUCUGAUCAAGGCAUCUGCAAUGAUGUCUGAGUCAAAGUACUCAGUUCUUAUAAUUGAUUCUGCAACAGCCUUAUACAGGACGGACUUUAGCGGAAGGGGAGAGCUUGGAGCUAGGCAGCUGCAUUUGGCGAAAUAUCUCCGUAGCCUUGUAAACCUUGCAGAAACAUUCCGUGUUGCUGUUAUUAUCACCAACCAGGUUGUUUCUAAUGUGGAUGGGGCUGUUGGGAUGUUUGCUGGAGAUAUCAAGAAGCCAAUAGGAGGGAAUAUCAUGGCACAUGCAAGCACAACAAGGCUUUACCUAAGGAAAGGAAGGGGAGAAACAAGAAUAUGCAAAAUAUAUGAUUCUCCCUGUCUCCCGGAGUCGGAAGCAGUGUUUGCAAUUACGGAACAGGGCAUCAACGAUCCUGAUGAAUGA